UGCGAUUGAGUGUGGAGUGAACACGUGAGUUUGUGAAGUGAAAAAUAAUAGCUUAGCUUUGCUUAGUUUGCUUCAAACGGCGUGUCAAUUAUUGAAAAACACGCUAUCAUACAAGCGAAAAAUUCAUCAUGGGUAAAGUCAAAAAGUUGAAACCUUCGCAAUUUGGCAAAAAUAUAGCUCUUGCAGAUCAGAUAGAGUCUGUCAAUACUCUGAAGAAUAAAAAUAGAACUAAAGAACGAAACAGACAUGAAAAUGAUGAAGAGUUUAUCAAUGCAGAUCUCUCAAAGAAAAUUCUCAAAGCAGCUCGCACGCAGCAAGCUGAGCUAGGAGAAGAAGCGGGUCCAUCUCCUGUGAAAAAAUUACAUUUGAAUUCUUCAUUAUUGACAGAUGGUGAUUCUGACCCUGAUAAUGCUGCGUCUGAUCUUGAUGAUCUGGAACCUGACACAUAUUAUGACAAUAUUGAAGUAAAUGAAGAAGAUGAAGAGGCUCUCAAAGUGUUCAUGUCAGCAAAACCAGAAAAGAUGAGGACUCUAGCAGACAUCAUUAAGGAUAAAAUUACUGACAAACACACAGAACUACAAACAGAAUAUUCAGAUGUUGAAACCCUUAAGGAUAUUGAUCCUAGGAUAAGAACAAUGUAUGAAGGUGUGGGAGAUGUUUUAAAAAAGUAUCGCUCAGGAAAGUUGCCAAAAGCAUUCAAGAUGAUUCCACAUCUACAGAAUUGGGAGCAGAUAUUGUACAUUACAGAACCUUCAACUUGGUCUGCAGCUGCUAUGUAUCAGGCAACAAGAAUUUUUGCAUCAAAUCUUAAAGAGAAGAUGGCUCAACGAUUUUAUAACUUAGUGUUACUCCCUCGGGUGAGAGAUGACAUGGCAGAUUAUAAACGUCUGAAUUUCCAUUUGUAUCAGGCAUUGAGAAAAGCUUUGUUUAAACCUGGAGCAUUUAUGAAAGGAAUACUGUUGCCACUAUUAGAAGCAGGAAAUUGCACACUCAGAGAGGCUAUAAUAGUUGGUUCUGUGUUAGCUCGUAACUCUAUACCAGUUCUUCAUUCAAGUGCAGCAUUAUUAAAAAUAGCUGAAAUGGUAUAUACAGGGGCAAAUUCUAUAUUUCUUAGAAUUCUUUUAGAUAAAAAAUAUGCACUUCCAUAUAGAGUUGUUGAUGCUGUGGUGUUUCAUUUUUUGAGAUUUCAAAUGGAAACACGUGCACUCCCUGUGCUAUGGCACCAGGCUCUGCUGACUUUUGUACAGCGUUACAAAGCAGAUAUAUCCACAGAACAAAGAGAUGCUCUUUUGGAAUUACUUCGCAAGCAGUCCCAUCCUACAAUUACACCAGAAAUAAGGAGAGAGCUUCAAGCUGCACAGUGUCGAGAUAUUGAAGUUAACGAAUCAUUGUCUUCACAAAUGGCUGUAGAAUAAAAUAAAUCUAUUUACUUUGUAAUUAAUUAAAAACAUGUUUAUUUUACUUAUAAAAAUAAUAAUUAUUUAAUGUGAAUAA